AUGUACCUGAUCACUGUGUGUGGAAACCUGCUCCUCAUCCUGGCCGUCAGCUCAGACUCCCACCUCCACACCCCCAUGUACUUCUUCCUAGCCAACCUGUCCUUUGUAGACACCUGUUUCACCUCCACCACUGUCCCCAAGAUGCUGUGGAACAUCCAGACUCACAGCAAAGUCAUAAGGUAUGAUGGCUGCAUCACACAGAUGUACUUUUUCCUACUCUUCACUGGAUUGGGUGACUUUCUCCUGACUGUGAUGGCCUAUGACCGCUUUGUGGCCAUCUGUCACCCCCUGCACUACACGGUCAUCAUGAACCCCCAGCUCUGUGGACUCCUGGUUCUGGUGUCCUGGAUUAUCAUUGUCUCCUUGUUUUAUUGUACCAGCCUAGGGGUGUACCUUAGCUCUGCUGUUACCCAGAGCUCCCAUGCAAGUGCAGUGGCCUCAGUGAUGUACACGGUGGUCACGCCCAUGCUGAACCCCUUCAUCUACAGCCUGAGGAACAGAGACAUAAAGAGGGCUCUGAAAAGAAUCAUUGGGGUUCCAGUGUCAUAA